GAAGCUAAUUGUACUGGUUAUAGAACAUAUUUGUACGUUGAACGUUUUAUUGAGGUAUUUCAGUGGAUUUUAUACCGGGUUUGGAUAACUUAUAGUUAAUGACAUUUGGCACCUGCACUAAGGAAUCCAACUAAAGUGGAAUGAUCAAUAAUGUUUGAGUUGAGAUAUGAUGUCAAAGCAUGUACAAAGCAGUGAUGGACAAGGCGUGGACGUUAAGGAAUGUAAAGCAGAAUUGGAACAGUUGCGAGCCCAUAAGAAGACAUUGGAAGGAAAAAUACAAGGCUACAGUUUUCUUGGAAACAGACUCAGAGAAAAGGAUGAAGAGUGUCGACUGUUAAAGCAAAAGUUAGCAGAAGUCACCCAAAACUCGCAUCAAAACACAGAUAGUCACUCUGAUUCUCCACAGAAUGAUUAUAUAACGUCAAAUAAAACAAUACAGACAAGCCUUCAUCUUCUUAAUGAUUAUCGUCACACACAUACCUCCAAUGUACGUAGCAAUCAGUUAUCCACUAACUCUACAGAUCUCUUUGGAAGUGCACCAAAGCAAGAAAACCCUAACCUCAUUACUGAUGACUGUCUGUUUCCCCCAGAGGGGAAGGGCAAGCCAACAGUUCAUGUCAACAUGUUAUCAAAUCACACAGCUGUUGAAACAAAUCGGCUGUUUCCCAGUGGAAUAAAGCCAGCUGUAUAUGGGCCUCCUGUGGAAGGUGUGACCUACCCUCCAACUUUUGUCAGACGCGAGAGUGAAGCAUUCCAGAAUCAUGAAUUAUCCCAUCCCAUUGAUAUUAAUAGUAAGGAUGAGAUUGAUGGACCAACUAAAGGUAGUCCAGCAACUCAGAAAGAGCUGACAAGCUAUGAUGUACCAAACAUAGGCAGUCUCAACUUGAUGAACUUUGAAGACAACAUUUUGUAUCCUCCAACUGGUGGGAAGGUUGAUGACCAUGCUGUAGAUCAGCUCAUCAGCAUACAGGUGCGAGCAGACCUAGCUACGGAUGGACCCACACAGAACAUUAAGAAGUAUGUGGAGGAUCACCUGCUGCCUAUGAUACAGAAAAUGGAGGAGGAAAACAAGAGAAAAGAAGAACAAUGGAAUGGUGAAAAGACCACACUUCUUGAAAAGAUUCAACAAAUGGAAAUAGGCCAGAGUAAAAAUCAGACACCAAGCCAAUCAUUUUCAGAGAACCAGAUGUCAGGGUGGAAUGUCGUACAGAGAACUGAGGUGAUGAAGCCUAGUGAUGUGAAAAUGUUGGAAGAGCAUAAUAAGCAGCUUGCGGACGCAAAUAGGAGCUGGCAAGCUUUCUAUGAAAAGAGACAGACAGAGCAACAGAAGACGGCCAACUACUACAAGGAACAGUUUGCAGGGAUGACCCAGGAGAUCAACAAGAUGAAAGUCCAAGAUGAGCAAAAGAGAGCAGAAUUCCAGAAAAUGUUAUUUGAAGCAAAACAGAAACAGAUUGAUGAAGAGGCACUGAAGGAGGAGCUACAGCACUAUAAAUCCAAAGUGGAGUCUUUAGAGCGACAGCUGGAACAGAUUCGACCAGGCAUCCUACAAGGCAAUAUGAAUGCCCUACAUAUCGCAGGAACUGCUGGGCCCCCUGAAUUCAACAUAACCAAUGGCAGGUCCUUACAUGAACUACAAGUGGAGAUUGACACUCUUAGAUGCCAGCUGACCGUGUUCCAAGAAGACUUUGACAGGGAGAGGAAUGACAGAGCACAAGCACAGGCUGCUAAAGAGAGCCUGAAAGAACAACUGGAGUCCGUAAAACAGGAACUCAACUUCACCAGGAAUCAGUUGAAGCAAAAUGAAAGACAGACGAGGCUUGCCGAAAAUAACUGUCAAGAAGCCCAUCGUGAAAAAGACAAACUCCGACAGCAGAUAACAGAGCUUAAAAAUACGCUAAGGAGAGAAAAAGAAGCCAAUGCAAUGCACUUACAGAGGCCUUUCCCAAUGCAGUUCCAACCAGGUCCACAACAUCCUGGUUACCUUAAUCACCAACCAGUUCCACAACAUCUGAAUCACCCUGGACCUUUGACCAACGGCUCACCUCAUAUUGAGCCCAGUAGAGUUGCUGCCCAGCCACAGACUGACCCUUUUGCCCAGCCUGUACCUCCUUAUAUGGUCAACACCCAUCAGAGAUCGUCAGCCUCUGGUGUCACACAACCGCCACAAGACUUCAAUUUCCAAAGGGCUGACCCUUCUCAUUCUGGGGAAUGGCAGUGCGAGAGGUGUACAUAUAAUAAUCACCCAACUCGGACAAUCUGUGAGGUGUGUGGACACACACAGCAAAGACAAGGAGGUGUCCCAGUCUACAGGAAAGGAUACAUCGGGGACCAGAUGGAACCGUGUGAAAGUGGAGAUCUGUCAACAGACACCGGAGAUCUGGCUCACAGCUAAACUUUUGACAUGUUUGUGAUCACAAAAUAACCAAGUGUUAUACUCUGAUAAAACUGUUUCAGUUUAUUAAAAGGUAUAGCUAUAUCUUAUAUACAAUGUGAAAUGCUAAUUAAGGCUAUGUUAUGUUAUUAGUUAAAAUGUCCUCUUGUGUUUUGUAAUACAAUGUAGUUUAAAAAACAUGUAAUGGGAAGAUUGUUUAUCAACGGAUUGAUUUUAUUAUUAAAAUAUAAAACUAUUAUUAUGGCCAUGGAAAUGAACAUCCAAGUGAGGAUAUCUGGUGAGGAUAUCUAUCUAGUGAAAAUAUCUGUCUAGAGAGGAUAUCUGUCUAGUGAGGAUAUCUAUCUAGUGAAAACAUCUGUCUAGUGAAAACAUCUGUCUAGAGAGGAUAUCUGUCUAGUGAGGAUAUCUAUCUAGUGAAAACAUCUGUCUAGAGAGGAUAUCUGUCUAGAGAGGAUGUCUGUCUAGAGAGGAUAUCUCUCUAGUGAGGAUAUCUCUCUUGUGAGGAUAUCUAGGUAUGUAGUAAAAUGUGGAUAGGUAGUUCCUGAUAACAUCAUUUAAUUACUGGUAUCAACCUGUGUUUUAUUACAUAUUUGCAAUCUAUUAGAAACACAUACAGCUAAAAACCGUGUUUAUAAACUGAGCAUCAUACUGUAGAACAGCUGUCAAAGUAUCGCACGUGUGUCUCAUUGGAUCACUAAGGGGUCAAAGUAUCACACUUGUGUCUCAUUGGAUCACUAAGGGGUCAAAGUAUCACACUUGUGUCUCAUUGGAUCACUAAGGGAGUCUGCUCUCUUAUUCUAAAAAAAAAGGUACAUUCCCAAUCCACAAAGAGCUGCAGUUUUCCUAAUCAUUAUUGACAAAAAAGGAUGGGUUUUUAUCAUAUGAUAACAUAGAAAUGUAACAAAAAGAUCAAAAUACAUUGAUAGAAGCCAAGAAUAGUAAGCAUUAGAAAUACAUUUGUGAAUAUUUUCCUGUAGGAAUAUAUGCUCAUAAUAAUAAAGUUACUAAUCUUCAAAAACUGAAGAAAUUAAUUUUGAUCACUAACGUGUAUUAACGUAAAUAUAACAUAGGCCGUCCUCAGAACAGUUCCACGAAAUUAUUCCUAUAUACAAAAUAAUAUUAAUUUAUUUGAUUUAUUACAUAUUCCUAAGCUAUUCUAAAUUAAACAAUUCAUUUUUUAUAAUUUUUUAAAAUUAAUAAUCCAGUAUCUUAUUCAGGUAAUAAAAACACAAGACAUAGAUGAAAGAAAUGAUUCAACACAAUUCUGAGUCAUUCUGUCUAUAGUAACACUGAUCGAGUGUUACAUUUCUCGUUACACCACUGGGAGGAGCUUUCAUAUAUUGUUUUUUCUAUUUGCCCUGUGAUAAUACUGUAGUUGUAAAUUAUAAACAUGUGUAUCUCAGUCUCCUGAUCAUCAGGUUUCAAUUAAAAAGUGUACCAACUAGCCUCGAUGAAUCUUUCAUUUCACCUCAACAGGCUGUGAAUGAAAGCAAACAUUCAGAACAUGUGUACUUUGUUUGACCAGAAAUAGAGAAUUUGUCAUUAAUAUAAAAAGUAUUGAAAACCAGCCUGUAAAUUGAAGAUUAGAUCAUAACUCCAGUAUGGUGCUGUGAGUUGCUGUGUCAGCGUUCAGUCCAUACACAUUCAAGAAGAGGGUACAGUACGCAGCAAAACAUCUGUCAUUUAGGAGGUUGAUUCAAAGUUCAGCACAGAAGUGAUAACAUAUCACCUUUAGUGCUUACAAGUAAAUUAUGGGGACAUAGUCAAGACAUUUUACAUAUACAUGUAUAGGCCUAUGCCUAGUUCUUUUGCCACUAUCCCAUUGGGAAUAUCUUGUGUGUUGAAUAUGCUGGAGAGCUCAAGAACAGUGAAUUAAAGAAUGUAUGCUCUAGAUGAUUCCUAUGUAUUACUUUCGUUAUCAACACAAUUCCUUGUACAGUGGGAAAGGUACAAAUGGUGUUCUCUCUUUGUCGUGUAUCAAACAGCAGUCAAAUGUUAAGAGAUUUAUCACAUGGGCAAAUAAACCAGCAGUAUAUAUUUGAGGGCCACCUGUCUCUUAUAUAGACCCAGGCCGAGUGUAAAUGGAGAAAUGGUGAUCAACUUAUCUCAAGAAAAUGAAUGAGGGAUGGUGCUUAAAUAUUCAUUAUAUUACGAUGUCUAAAUUAAUGGAUAAUGUAGCCAACAAAAUCCAAGCUGUUGGAUUAUACAAAUUGAUCACGAUUUCUCCAUUUUGUCUUAUAGUUGGCUUUAUCUAAAUACAAUAAAAAAAAACAUAUAUAAAUAUGGUGUUUAUGUAGAACUACAUAUAUAAAUGUGGUAUUUAUAUAGAACUCCAUAUAUAAAUGUGGUAUUUAUAUAGAACUACAUAUAUAAAUGUGGUAUUUAUAUAGAACUACAUAUAUAAAUGUGGUAUUUAUAUAGAACUCCAUAUAUAAAUGUGGUAUUUAUAUAGAACUACAUAUAUAAAUGUGGUAUUUAUAUAGAACUCCAUAAACAUAUAAAUGUGGUGUUUAUGUAGAAUUACAUAUACAUAUAUAAAUGUGGUGUUUAUGUAGAACUACAUAAUUUUUAUAUAAAUAUAGUAUUUAAUAUGUAGUACUACAUAUACUUGUAUAGAUGUAGUAUUUAUGAAGAAUAACAUAAUAAUAUAAAUGUGUAAUUUAUAUAGAGCUCGUCAAAUUUUGGCUGCAGAAUCUGCAUUUUCCACAAAUAGAACCCAAAUAAGGAAACUUCCGGUGUAAGUGAAGUGUUCCAUUAUAAAAGUAAAAUUGUCGAGUCCUAAACAGAACUACAGAGAUUUAAAUACAUAUAAAUGGUAACAGUACGCACUACUUAUGAGUAUAACAGACACAGUAGUGUUGUUGGUAAGUAUCAAGGGUCAUCAGUUAUUGGUACUGUUAAGGAGGUAGAUGUAAAAGACACUUUGGCUAGGAGAUAAUGAACAUCGGUGUGUAUAUAAUUAAUUAUAUAUAUGAACGGCAUAUCUACAGUAUAAAAGAAAUCAAUUAAAGGCCGUAAAUGUA